AUGCAGUUGCAAAUGGGGAAGAUGGAUCUCGAGGUGGUGGCUCCGGAAAUUCCGGCUAGGAUGAUGACGUUGGUGAUCCAACCGACCUUAUUGGAGAGGAUUAAAGAUUCGCAGUCGGCGGACCCGAAUCUCCAGAAGUAUGUGCAUGAUCCCGAGCAUGUCUUGGUCUACGAGCCGUCAGAACUGCAAGGAGACAUGAGCUACGAAGAGUUUCCGGUGGAGAUCCUAGCUCGAGAGGUGCGUAAGUUGAGAAGUCGCGAAAUCCCUUAUGUUCGAGUCCGGUGGAGUAAUCAUAGCGAUCGUGAAGCCACCUAG